AUGGCAGUACGAAAUUUGAUGAAGACUUUAAGACGUAAAGAGACAGUGCUUGACGAGAAGCAUCAAGAGAAAGAGAAGAAGGAGAAACCCUUAAGGAUACGAGGAGGAUGUAUAUCAACGGCCAGUGUGAGUAUUCAUCUUCCAAAAUUUAAUACAGUAAUCCCUCGACUUGCUGACGUCCAUCUUCUUUGUAGCUCGAGUAACGACCCAACGAGUAAACACUACAAACAAGAUUCCGGACAUGGUUUCGAAAUGUGGGGAAGUCAUAUGGGUGAUCGACUAGAAUCAUUAGGAAGAAGUAUAAGUCGAGGUGGUCAACAAUAUGUUGGUCCGGUGUUACAUUAUUAUCAUCCACCUUCAACCCAGGUGAUACAUCAUCAUUAUCACCAAUGUCACCACGAUGAAAACCUCCCUCAAUAUACACACACACCAAACCAUGGACCGCAGCAUGUGUUUAGAGGGUGGGGAGGAGCGGCGGUAGAUGGGUUCGAACAUAAACAGUAA